CUGCGCUGCCACCCCGGCCAAGCUGGGUUUCCGCGAACCAACCAAUUGUUCUGGCGCCCUGACAGCAGCCUUCCCACUUCCAAGCGUUCAGAGCACCGACCAACCGAGCGACCUGCUGCCUUCCACAUCAUCAACCUCCCGACGUCCCUUCAACAAUCCGCCUGUUCUCCACCUUUCAUCAACCACGCCCGCUCCUCCUUGGACUGGUUCCAUCUUUGACGCUUGUCGCAUCUAACCUUCAAGCACCAUGAAUCCCGAAUACGACUACCUCUUCAAGCUGCUGCUCAUCGGAGACUCCGGUGUCGGCAAGUCUUGCCUGCUCCUGCGGUUCGCGGACGACACCUACACCGAGUCCUACAUCUCGACCAUCGGUGUUGACUUCAAAAUCCGGACGAUCGAGCUCGAUGGCAAGACGGUGAAGCUACAAAUUUGGGACACUGCCGGCCAAGAACGGUUCCGGACCAUCACGUCGUCCUACUACCGGGGUGCCCACGGCAUCUGCGUCGUCUACGAUGUCACCGAUAUGGACAGCUUCAACAACGUCAAGCAGUGGCUGCAGGAAAUUGACAGGUAUGCCACUGAAGGCGUCAACAAGCUGCUUGUAGGAAACAAGAGCGAUAUGGCCGACAAGAAGGUGGUCGAGUACACCGUGGCCAAGGAAUUCGCCGACAGCCUCGGCAUCCCAUUCCUCGAGACGUCGGCCAAGAACGCCAGCAACGUCGAGCAGGCCUUCCUGACCAUGGCCCGCCAAAUCAAGGAGCGCAUGGGCAGCAGCAUCGCCACCAACAACACGAAAGCCAACGUCAACGUCUCGCCCGGCCACGGUGUCUCCAACAGCCAGUCCGGCGGUUGCUGCUAAGCGGCCUGUCACCCACCUAGUUCGCCAUUUGAUGUUGCUGUUGCUCUCGGGUGUUAAAGGGUUUUUUGCAUCGGAUGGUUUUUCCUUUCCCGGACACUUCGGAGGGCGUGGUUAGAUCUGCGGAGAGUACAUCUGCCUUUUGGGGGAAAGAAGCUGGUUCUGUCUUGGACUUUGCUGCGCAGUCGGAGCCCCCAAACCCCUGGGGAUUUUCUUCGGCUCCUGCGUAAUCUGCCCUAAGGAGGAAUCAGCUUUCCAAAGCUCAGGGCCGAGGUUGCCUCUCAAGGGACAGGAGAAGCUGGAUGGAAGGCAACAGGCGCUACUGGGGACGGAACAGGGCCGACUGGGUCUGAACAGGAGUUGCCCCUUUUCCUUACCGCUAGUACUAUCGCCCGCUGCCUUGCCUAUUGCGACUUACAGCUCGUGUCUGUGUAUUUUCCCAUUUGGUCAUAACUGGGCUUGUUUUGCUUAUUGAUUACACCGCGGUUUCCUUGAACGUUUUGUUCAUGUGGUUCUUCAUAAUAUACACGAGAUCCUGGUCUUUUGCUGGUGGUCUUUGAGUACCCCGUUGUUUGGGGGAUGGCUGUUCAGUGCAGCUCAAAUGAACCGAGGGGUUACCUCACUCCGUUCCUCAUGCAACGCAAGAUCGUCGUCAU